AUGUCCACGAUGAAUAUCAAUCUUGUUGAUCUACCAACUGAACUAUUUCACAGUAUUCUCGAUCGACUCGAUGCAAUGACUAUUAUUUAUACCCUUCGUCCAGUAUGUAAAAGAACAUACAGUAUGAUAAAGUCUUAUAAUAGAUUUCAACUGAUUUUCUCGUCGUUUUAUUGGAGCGAUCAGUUACUUAUCACCCAAAAAAUUCCAUUUGAAAACGUUAGUUCGAUCGUUUUCUCGGAUAGUGAUAUAUUUACAGAUUUUGGAAUCUAUCCAUUUUUCGAAAACUUCGACAUACGACGAUUUUCGCGUCUGAAGUCAUUGAGUUUUAAGGUCAGUGAGAGAUCGAGUGAAUUACGAAGCCAAGCUUUUCAAUCCAAUAUUCUGAUCAACAAAAUAAUACAACCAGUUCAUUCUACACUUCAGUAUUUAAAACUUCCGAAAUGCAAUUAUUUUCAAUAUCAUCUUAUUCUUCGUACCUUACCAAAUUUAAAGACAUUUAUCAUCGAUUCUUUUCAACUGGAAAACGCUAAUGAAACUAUUAAUUCAGUUCAAAAAUAUGAACAAUUAACGUCGUUAACUAUCUCUAAAUGCAAUCUGUUAAUGGAACAUUUUCGCCUUGUACUUAUCACAGUGCCAUCAUUAACCUAUCUGAAAUUGAUGUCUACCAGAUUAAUGUAUGGUCCUGUGUUUGAUGGUUCAUUCUGGGGAGAAUUUAUUCAAAUUCGUUUUCUGCAUCUGAAAACUUUUGAAUUUCAUUUUACUUAUCCUAUUCAAGAUAAUGCCAUUGUGCACAGUGUUAAUUCAAUUAUUGCCUCAUUUCGAACAUCAUUUUGGUUACAGGACAAACGAUGGUUUACUAUUUGCGAUCAUUUUAUCAAAUCAAAGCAGAUCGCGGUUUAUACUAAAUCAAUCUGCGUGAAUCAGGAUGGACCAUUGAUUAGAUGUGAAGCUGUGCCCGUAAGCAGUGUCUGUCGUUUAAUUGAAAAUCCGAACGAUAUUGAACAUAAGACUCCGAUGACGCUGAACUUUAGCAAAUGUCACAUUGAUGAACAAGUAAUCCAAGAUUUAGCGGAUGCAUUAUCCGAUGAUAUCACUAUCAAAACACUCGAUCUUCAAGACUCACGUUUUAAAACCGAUAUGCUGCAAAAGUUCACUGAUCUCUUGUCAAAGUGCACACAACUUACUACGCUUCACCUUGGAAAUAAUCAGCUUGGACCACUAGGCGUACAACAUUUUGCCACACUAUUACAAUCCAAUUUAACAAUCGAGACAAUUCAUGUUCCAUUCAACAGCAUCAGAAAUGACGGAAUACGAUACAUAAUUGAAGCAUUAGAAGACAAUAAAACACUCACUACAUUGAACCUUCAAUUUACUGAGAUUGAAGAUAGCGGAGUGGAAUACAUUGCGUCAAUGUUGAUGUGUAGUACGACACUUCAGUCGUUAAAUCUGAGUAAUAAUUAUUUUGGAGUAACUGCAACGCAAUACCUUUCUGAUGCAUUAAAGCAAAAUAACACACUAAUCACAUUGGAUCUAAGUGGAAAUAAUCUCGGUAUUAAAGGAGCAGAAUUCUUAGCUGAUGCGUUACCGUACACAACAACACUUAUCACAUUAAAUAUAUCGAAAACUCAAGUAUUAGACCAAGGAAGUCAAACCAUAGCAAUUGCAUUAUUAUCUAAUACAUCACUGAAAUCACUUGAUCUACGUGGAAAUUCUAUUGAGGAAUCUGGGGCACAAAAAUUUAUUAGUCUAUUACGACAAAAUAGGCGACUUAUUUCGUUGAAUCUUCAUGAGAACAGAAUCGAUCCAAUUACUGUACAAACGAUCGAUACAUUGCUUCUUUAUAACACUGAAAUGAUGCACUCAGAGUAA